AUGGGCACUCUUUGCAAAGUCCUACUUAGACUCCUUGAAGCGUUAGCUCAUGAUGCAUGUCUCUCUUCAGAGCAGAGGGAGAAGGCCAUGUAUAUUGGUCUCUCAUUCCUCUCCCACAAGAAUACUUGUCGACUCAUGGCUCAAGUUUCUAGACUGAUGAAAGGAGAAGUAUUUAUUAGUCCUUAUUACCGAGUUAUUGGGGCAUCUAAACAUAAAAAUACCCUUACCCAUCGGCAUGGCAAAUAUUUGCAGGCAGUCAUGACUGAAUUUCGCAUUGCCCCGACGAUAGCAGACUUCGAAGGUCAUCCUAUCGAGCUCGUUAGCAUCCUGGAUCUUGCGGUAGAGAAUUCCCUUCCUGGCGAAAAGCGAUACCAACUUCACAAGGACCUUCUUUCUAUGGAGAAAAAAGCAAAUGAAGACCUCAUACAGUGCACCGAGGACUAUGGUUAUCAUUACAUUUUCCGAGCUGGUCUACAAGAAUAUUAUAUGACUAAGACUGUCGUUGAAAAUGUCAACUUCUGGAGACCAGAUCCCCGUGGAAACGGCUACCGUGUUCAUAUUCAGAAGCUCUGCUAUGAAACGAUGGAAACGCGGCUUCGCCUGAAUGACGCAGAAAAACGAGCUCUGAUACAAGCUACAGAUUGUAACGUGGAGGAUGCAUACAAUUUUUGUAAGUACCCGGAUAUUGUUGCUGUUGAGCCUCUAACCAUUUAUUAG